AUCUCUUCUGGCUUAAGCUCUCUAGUUUAUCUUCAUGUUUUGGUUAACUCUGUUUUGUCUUCAGAUUAGCCAGACAGAAAAAGAAGAGUUGUAACCUCAAGGACUCAGAUAAUGCAAGAUCAGAGGAAUGCUGGUAAAUCCUAUUUCUCAAGUUGGCUGAUUGAUGACCUAAGUUUCCAUUACCUGUUUCUUUUGGAGAAAUUCAAAAUUUCACUCCUAACACAUACAGAACUUCCUCCUACCGUCCUUCCCUCGCCAGCAGUGCAUUUUGUACCAGCUAAGGAGCCUGCGACAAAAGGCAAUUAAGAGGUGACAGUAAAAGUAUACUUCUUUGGUACAAUUCGCCAUCAUUCACCUUCCAUCCGCCCUUGUGUCUACGCCUGUCUCCCGAAUCAUGGUGCCUGUGAGCCAUGGGCUAAUAAUCACAUGCAGCUUUUUAAGCUGAAAGGGGAAAAUGGCUUUUGCCCAAAUUAUUAAUCCACCUUUAAACCUUUUCUAUGAUUUGGUACUAUUCCUUUGGCACUGCCAAUGGAACAGCUUGCUCCCAGUAUAUUAAGCUGACAUCAGGGCCAAAAAUUUUGAAGUCAGAUCCGAAUUUUCUUCUAUUUAUUUUAGUUUCUCUUAAUCGAUUAUAUAAUAGGAAAUAAUUGUUCUCGUUAGCC